AUGCCUCAGCAAAUCAGCCUGAGAUGUGUCAACGACCUACGUACUAUGUUUCUUGUUCACGACAAGCGCAUGUUAAGUUUGGUUCUGAAAGAGCUGGAUUCACUAGUUGCGCGAAACGCGCUCUCAUCGUGCCUAGCUGGGAUACUUAAUUGCAGACUCGUCCACACCAUUAUACCCGGAUCAGCAAAAUUGGAGAAUUCCACAUCUAGCUGCCAGACGGGUGUCUGCAUCAAGGACAGCUAUCUACUCAAGCCAGUUCGCAGCGGUAAGGGAAGCUGGAUCUUAUUUGGGGAUCAGGUCACACAGGAGGAGUGGGUCUCACUUCUGCAGGGCAUGCGGGACCCUUGUCUGAAAGAUGGAAAAACAACCUACGUCGUUCAAAAGAGAAUUGAACAACGAAAAUAUGAUGUUCUUCUGGAAGAGGACGCUGGUGUUGGGAACUUUCCUCUCGUCGGGACGUUUCAUAUCACAAAUGGCGCAUUCAUUGGUCUCGGACUCUGGCGAAGCGGCCCGGUCGAAUUUGUGCUUUAA